AUGCAUUUGAAGACAAACUUGAAGACUUAUUUGUCAGUGAAGAGUCAUGAAUCUAAAGAGUAUUUGCUUACUCUUUUUAAUAGAAGUGCAUAUGCUCCUACUAUUGAGUUGUUUAAUGAGCUAUUUGAAGAAUUUAAGGGUCGUUAUGGUCGUAGUGUUGAGAAGUUUCUUGAGGAUUUGCCUAAUGAGUGUUGGUGUAACGUUUAUUUUCAAGGCAAGAGGUAUGGUGAAAUGUGCACAAAUGCUGCGGAAUCUUUUAAUUCAUGGAUUAGGGAUGAACGCCAUUUGUUUUCAACUAGUCUUGUUGAUGCUAUACGGGUGAAACUAAUGAAGCAAUUUUCAAGAAGGAGAGAAGUUGGGAAUAAAUGGAAUCGUAUUGUUUGUCUUUUUGCAGAGAAAAAGUUAGAAGAAGCUUUUAAUGAUACAAAAGCAUGGAUAGUUAAGAAAUGUAGCAAUGACAUUUAUGAAAUCCAAUUGGAUCAUUCAGUUAUGGUUGAUAUUGGGAAACGUUGUUGUUCUUGUCGAUUGUGGGAAAUUGAUUCUUUUCCUUGCAAACAUGGUUUUUGUGCUAUAAAGAGGAGUGAGAAAGAUUUGAAUUGCUUUCUUGAUGAUUACUACCGUGUUAGUAGUUAUUGUGAUUCUUAUUCACAUUUUAUCUAUCCAGUUCCUAGUAUGUGGAAGCCAAAUGUAGUUGUUGAUGAUGACGUUGUUUUACCUCCUCUUUGUUAG